AUGCUGAGUGUUGAUGAGGGAGAAGAGAUUUUCUUUGAUACCACGGAUUAUUUGUUGUCCGAGGAGCCUGUUGUUGUGAAAGAAGAUUCACUUUGCGGUUUAGGAUACGAGGUUUGGUUGUGUGAGCCACAGAGCGUUAAGCAAAGAAGGGAAACAUUUUUACACAGAAUGGGAUUUGUUGAAGUUUCAGCCCAUGAAGAAUUGGACACAAUGGAGUUGGAAAGGAUUAGCGAAUCUAGUGAAGCCGUCUCUAGUUCUUGUGGGUUGUCUAGUGUUAGCAUAGAUGACAAUUUGGUAUAUGAUAGAUGGGAAUCAAAUGGCGAACCAUGUUGUUCAGUCGAGGAUUCUGACAUGGAUUGGUUGGAUGAUAUGACAAUUGAUGCAUAUAGGGCCGGGCAAUGUGAAAAUGGGCAAGUGCUGCCUUGCAUAGAAGAAUGCUGGAAUGUGGAUAAGAAGAAGAAAACAACGCGCUGGUGGGAUCAACUACUAUGGAAAAAGAAGAAAAAUCGAGCUACUGAUGUAUCUAAGGAACCAAAUUUAUACAUUGAAGACGAAAGGGUGACUUGGAUGAAGAUGGAACAUAAUAAGAAGAGGUGUAUGGAGUGCUCUGCUGUCUGUGCUGGGCAAGAAAUUAAUGCUCACAAUGGCCUAAUUUGGACCAUGAAGUUCAGCCCAGAUGGCAAAUAUUUGGCCAGUGGAGGUGAAGACGGUGUAAUUUGCAUAUGGCUUGUUGGUUCAGUAGAUGCAUCUUGCAGUACCACGAAAUGCAAUUUCAGUAGACAGGAGUUUGAAGGCAAGUCGAGUUCUCAUGGUAAGAAGUCGUGGCCUGCUUCUGUCAUCAUCCCUGAAAAGGUCUUCUGUAUCGCGGAGGAGCCGUUGGUGAAGUUUCAUGGUCAUACUAGUGACAUUUUGGACCUUUCGUGGUCCGCAUCAAAUCAUCUUCUUUCAUCUUCCAUGGAUACAACAGUUCGUUUAUGGCAAGUUGGCUCUGAUAAAUGUCUUGGAGUUUUCCAUCACAGCAAUUAUGUAACAUGUGUUCAGUUCAAUCCUGUGGACGAGAACUACUUCAUCAGUGGCUCCAUAGAUGGUAAAGUUCGAAUUUGGGGAGUUACCGAGAAGAGAGUUGUGGAUUGGGCUAAUGUGCGAGAUGUAGUAACAGCACUCUGUUACCAGCCAAAUGGCAAUGGUUUUGUAGUUGGUUCUCUCACUGGUAUAUGCCGCUUCUACAGAUCAUCUGGUGGUGAACUCGGGCUAAAUGCAGAGACAAAUGUAUGCGGUCAAAAGAAGUCUGGAAACAAAAUAACCGGCAUUCAGUUUCUGAAAAAUGAUCCUGAAAGAGUUAUGAUAACAUCCAAGGACUCCAAAAUUCGCAUAUUUGAUGGGUGUCAAGUUGUCCGUAAAUACAGAGGUCUAAAAAAGUCGGGAAGUCAGAUGUCUGCUUCAUUUACUUCAAGUGGAAGACACAUGCUAUCAGUUGGUGACGACUCUCGUAUUUACAUCUGGAACUAUGAUAACUCACUCAUCCCAUCAUCCAAACAAACUAAAUCCAUACGCUCCUGUGAGCAUUUCUUGGUUGAAGGUGUGUCAGUCGCAUUACCUUGGUCAGAUACUGGAACAGAAGAAAAUGGUUUCGCUCUGGAUUGUCCUCUAUCUGGAGUCCAGACACAAGACUGGCAAGAAGCAUCCUCGAGGGUUCGGGAUGCAGAACGUUUUACGCUAGGAAAUUGGUUUUCCAUGGACAGCUCGUCCAAGGCCUCGGUAACAUGGCCCGAGGAGAAACUCCCUUCAUGGGAUCUGCCAUCUGCUGAACAUGGUUGUCGGCCUUGUAAUAAUUAUGGUGAUCAUCUUCAUCAGCAGAACUAUAUCCAUAGUUCAAGAAUUCGAUCUGCAACAUGGGGUCUUGUGAUUGUAACAGGUGGUUGGGAUGGAAGGAUCAGGACAUUCCACAACUAUGGAUUGCCCAACAGGAUUUAA